CUAAAGUUGUUUGCGCAGACGCUUCCGCCUCUUUAUAUCCCCGCUCCCAGCAUCCUUUGCCCUCUUCUACCAGCUCGGUCCAACAUGGGACGCGUCAGGACAAAGACCGUGAAAAAGGCCGCUCGGGUCAUCAUUGAAAAAUACUACACCCGGCUGGGUAAUGACUUCCACACCAACAAGCGCGUGUGUGAGGAAAUCGCCAUCAUCCCAAGCAAGAAACUGCGCAAUAAGAUCGCUGGGUAUGUCACACAUCUGAUGAAGCGCAUCCAGAGAGGCCCCGUCAGAGGCAUCUCCAUCAAACUGCAGGAGGAGGAAAGAGAGAGAAGGGAUAACUAUGUCCCUGAGGUAUCUGCCCUGGAUCAAGAGAUUAUUGAGGUGGAUCCUGACACCAAGGAAAUGCUGAAGUUGUUGGACUUUGGCGGCCUGUCCAACCUGCAAGUCACCCAGCCUACUGUGGGGAUGAAUUUCAAAACGCCACGGGGCGCUGUUUAAAUGUUUGUAUCGUACACUUUCCAAUAAAUUUGGGAAAACCA